GCAUGCUUUUCGGCGGGCGGACGAGCGUGAAAACGGCCCUGUGUCGUGUUAUUAGAGGGAGCAGGUCAGACACGGUGCAGCUUACUGAUUCAUGUAAUGUACUCUUAAAACUACAGCUCUGAAAAUAACACAUCAUACCUCUCGUUUGAUAGAAAACACACCCUGCUGAGUUAUUAUUAUUAAAACCAAGAGGACAAACAUGAGCGGAGGAGGAACACCGUACAUUGGCAGCAAAAUUAGCCUCAUCUCCAAGGCCGAGAUUCGCUACGAAGGAAUUUUGUACACAAUUGACACUGAAAACUCGACAGUAGCUCUUGCUAAAGUUCGCUCUUUUGGCACUGAAGACAGGCCCACUGAACGGCCUAUUCCACCUCGGGAGGAAGUUUUUGAGUAUAUCAUCUUUAGAGGGAGUGAUAUAAAAGACCUGACAGUCUGUGAGCCACCCAAAGCCACUAGCUCCCUGCCUCAGGACCCUGCCAUCGUUCAAUCAUCAAUUGGAUCCAGCAAUGCUGCUUCAGCAUCAUCAUUCCAGUCUGCUGCGUCCUAUGCUCCGUUCAGCAGGGCCCCUGUCCCACCAUACAGCCAGUUUGGUGUUACACCCCUUGCAGCUCAGCAGUUUGGAUCUGCUGGAGUAGCAGGACGCACUAGUCCUCAGCUGGACUCUCUAACAAAAAGUUCCACCCAGAAGCAGGCAGUGCAGGCCCCUGCAUCAGCUGCCCCGGCCCCACCUGCACCUGUAGGACAGAGGAGUCAGACCUCAGCAGCAGCUCCCAGACCCACCAGCACCUCCACUGGCAACCAGAAACCUCCAGACCUCCUGGAGCCGAGAAAAGCUCCAGAGACUCAGAAAGUGUCACAGUCAGAUCAUGAACAAGGUGCUGUUGAAAACCGGGACCCCAACAGGCAUCAAGCUGCUGGUGCUCAGUUCAUCCGCCGCGGCCGUGGAAGAGGAAACCGCAGCAGAGGCAGAGUAAAUGUGCGCAGGGAUGGCACCAUGAAGUUUGAAGAAGACUUUGACUUUGAGACUGCCAACGCACAGUUCCACAAAGAUGAGAUUGACAAAGAGCUUCAGACCAAGCUCAAACUGAAAGAUGACAAGACUGAGAAGGCAGUGAAUGGUGAAGAAACAACUGACUCAGAACAUCCAGCUAAUGAGGGGACCACUGAGGAAGAAGAGGCUGUGAUAAACACAUGUUACUAUGACAAGUCCAAGUCCUUCUUUGAUAAUCUGUCCUGUAAUGAUUCAAGCAAAGCGGGUGAAAGAGGAUUUUCAAAGGAGCGAAGGCCGACCUGGGCAGAGGAGAGACGAAUGAAUUCUGAGACGUUCGGCAUCCCUCUGCGGCACAAUCGAGGAAGAGGAGGCUUCCGUGGCCGAGGCUUCAUGGGGCCUCGCGGAGGCCGAGGACGACCGUCUAGCAGAGGCUCCUUUGGACCACCUCGUGGUGCCCCGCCUGGUUUCAGAGGCGGAUUCAGAGGUGGCAGAGGAGGCCGGGAUUUCUCUGAUUUUGAAUACGGGAAGGACAACAAGGUGGCUGCAUAGUACUGCAGCAAGGGAUCCACAAAGAGUUGUAGCCCCUCAUCAUGAAAUUACUCCAGUUCAAGAACAUUUCUUUGGCCUCAAAAUUUGACAGAAAGAAUGAAGACAUGCUCUCAGUCAGCAGCACCAGGGUUGACUGCUCAGCAUCAGGGGGUGAGAGUGCAGCUCCCUCUCUCCACUUUGAGAAUGAUGAUUUUUUUGUUUUGUUUUGUUUUUUUGCCCCAGAUUUUUUGUUUGAUAAACAGCCACCAGAUGGACAAGAACUUGUAAAUACCUUGCUUUGGAGUAAUUCUGUAUUUUUGCAUCAAUCAAGUUAAUUUCUUACUGAAGUUGUCUUUGAUAUUGAAAGCUGUAUGCAGAGAGCCCACUGAUACUGUGAGUGGAUCACAGUUCAUGUGAUCAAUAGCUUUAUUUUUUAUUUGAUUUCAUCUUUUUGAUAUUAUGAUGUAUAGGCACCAAAAUUCACUGCAUUGCCUGUUGCACCGUACUUUCUCCCUGCGCAGACGUACGUAGUUUGUUUGCCAUGCAUUCAGUAGUUUAACUCAGUUUACAGGAAAGUUUUGUUUUUUUGUUAACAUCCAUUAAUUCUUAAUGUAGUUGUGAGAUCAAAACCAGCUGAAAGAAAUGUAAUUUGAAUCGAAAAUUAUAAUGAAUGUAUGUCCAACUCAUUUUCUACUUUGUUCUCCCCACUAAACUGUGGCUUGCCAGACACUCGUUUCUAGUUCUCAGAAAUGUAAAAUCAGUAUUUAGACUUGUUGGAUCAUAUCUUCACCCCUCAAAUGUCACCUGUUAAAUGAAUUAUGUUUCUGCUUCAGGUUUGUUGCUGGACUUCUGCAAGCCUGUUUUUUUUUUUUUUUAACCUAAUACAAGCUAUCAGUAGGAGCCAGUCUCUUGAUUUAUGUAUGGGUUUUACAGCAUUAGCUUUAGGAAUAUGUGUUGACUGUAGAUUUUUAUGUAGGUAGCUAAACAAAGAGCAAUCCCAUGAUUUGUUUCUGUGAAAGAGGAACAUCCAUUAAUAGUGCAGUCUGUAGAAGUUGUCAGGAAAGAAAAGACUUGAAUUUAUUUAGACAAAAUGCUCCCCUUUAGUAAUUAUUAUUUUUGCCAAAAUGAAUACACGAGCAUUUCGUUGAGCUAAAAUAAUUGAAAGCCAAUAAGCACAUAUGUUUACACCAUUUCAGUACCUCUCCCUUUUCUAGGUCAAAAACAUACUGAGCCAUCCGUUAAAAUAAUUUUUUUUUUUUGUUAUCGCCCUUCUUUGAAUUGGCUUACAGUUGUGUCAUAUAAAAAAAUGUUCCCGUUGUGUCUAUAGUCAGCUGUUUCCACUGAAACUAAGAAUUUACCUGUGUUGUAAGGAUUGUUUGUGGGAAAUAGUGAAAAUUGACUAAAUGAUGUCUGAAAGCAUAUGUUCAAUGGUAGCAUUUCUGAUCAGCCCUCUGACUUGUGUGUAGCUCCUCUUCUUGCAUUGUUGUCAAUGUUAUUUGUUCUCUGGAGGGAAUUUAUUGUUUAAACCAACUUGAGUGAACAAAGGGACAAGAACUGGAUGUGGUGUCAGUGUGUUCGGGGGAGAUGGGAUUUUUUUUUUUUUUUUUCUUUUUGGUUCUGAUUUGUUCGGACUUUAGGGAGUGCCUUCAGUGUGGGGAAUUUUUUACAGCUCUCCCUUUAACUUAAAGGUUACCUUUUGACAAAAGUAUUGAUAGCACUACAAAGUGAAACUAGAUCCUUCUCAGUAGCUGUGGUUGUUUAGAACAAGCAGCCCAGUUGAAAAUUGUGCUGUUUAACUGGAUAUUGCACAGAUUGCUGAUCACUGCAUGAUAGCCGUAGGAACCAUCACUUUAUAUGGGCUUUCGCAAUAACCAGUGAGAUUGAAAUUGCAACUAGAGUAUUACUGAACUAUUAAAAACUGACCUGUUUUCAUAUGUUUGUUACUCCUUCCAGUCACUGGAAUUGUAAACUGGGAAUCGUUUUCUUGAAUAUCAGCAAAAUUGAGUUUUUACAUAAGAUAAAGAGUUGUACAAUA